AGACGCGAAUCCAUCUUGCAAUAUCGGCUUAAAAUGGACGCCUUAUUUUCUGGGCUUUAAACAUGCUCAAACUCGUCGUACUAUCGGCGAGUAAUCUCAGAGAUGUGGAUUUUGGGCCUUCUAACAAGAGCGACCCUUACGUAAAGGCCACAUUUCGAGGAGAAGAGAGAAAGACAGCUUACAUCGAAAAUAAUCUCAACCCUGUGUGGAAAGAAGAAAAUAAUAACGUCUUGGAAUGGGACGUCAGUGGACAAGCUCUUUCUUCCAGUGAUGAGGUUGAUGUCAAAGUGAAAGACUGGGAAAAAAUCUUUCAAAGAAAAAUUCUUGGUCAAGUAACGAUAUCAUUGGGAGAACUACUGAAGACUAAAGAUUACACAUUGGAACGUACCUAUCCACUUCUAGACAAAUAUGACAGAGCUACCACAUCCAAGAUAGUUCUGAGGCUACAGUACAAACCUUCUAAAGUCGAGUUAGAAACACAGCAGUAUGAACUACAAUACAUGAAUGAAGAAUCCGAGGAUGAAGAGGCGGAAAAGGAUGAAGAACAAGGAGUUACAGCACAAAGAAAAAGCAGGAAGAGGAGAAGGAGAACCCUAAGAAAGGGACGAAGAGAGUGGUCAACGAAAGUACAGCACUACAAAAUUCGUGUAACGAUCCACGAAGGACGCCAGCUUCCUGGAGUAAACAUUUCUCCAAUUACGAGAAUAACGGUCAAAAACCAGAAACAGCAAACAAGAGAGAAAAACUCUACAAAUAAUCCUGUCUUCAAUCAGACCUUUACCUUCAACUUCCAUACUUCAGAGGCCGAACUGUUUGAUAACUUGCUCGUGUUGGAGGUGUUCGACUCAAAGAACUUUAUAGUUUCGAACAGACUUCUGGGAUUUUUUGAGAGUGAUAUUGGUGCAAUUUAUGAGUUUCCAGAACACGCGUUUAUAAGAAAAUGGAUCCUGUUGACGGGAACAGGGGAAAAACYAGAAGAUGAUAGCGAGACCAAACAGUCAAGAGAGCGAGGAAGAGACGGAGAAACAGCGGGAUAUUUGAAGGUGACAGCAAUGGUUUUAGGACCUGGUGACGAGUCUCCAUAUGUACCACAGCAAGAUAAUGAAGAAGAAGAAGACAUUGAAUCGAAUUGUCUUAUGCCUGUUGGUCUCGUUAGACAACCAGCUAAAUUCUUACUCAAAGUUUAUCAAGCUGAAGAUCUACCAAGAAUGGACACAGGUUUAGGAAGAAGUAUUCUACGUUGGUUUUUACCUGGUGGCAACAAAGAGAGUGCAGACGAGAAGGCAAAACUGGUUGACCCGUUCAUGGUUUUUGGUUUCUGCGGAAAAAAGGUUUCAACUACGACAAAAUUUCGGCAGAAUAACCCUACAUACAACGAACUGCUUACAUUGCCAGUGAUGCUGCCAUCGAUGUGUGAAAAAAUCAAGCUACGCUUCUUUGACUGGGAUCGAGGGCGAACACCUGAGACCAUCGCUACUUCCUCGCUUUCACUCUCACAAAUAUCUGGACAAGACAAUGGAUCAGGUUUCUAUCCACAAUUUGGUCCCUGCUUUGUUAAUUUCUAUGGCUCUCAGAGGGAAUUCUCAUUGAUUUCCAGUGAGAACGAGGAUUUAGACAAAGGAAUUGGUGAAGGUGCAGCGUAUCGUGGUAGAGUAUUGGUUGAACUCACUACAGAACAGGCUGAUCCUGCAUGUGAACCAUCGACCAGCAAGUUGCACGAUGAAGACAAAAUCAAGAUCCAGCCUUUCUUGAAACAAGAUCACUUCAAGCUAUUUGCGUGCUUUAAAGAUGCUGCCAUGAUAAGUAGAACCGAUGAAGUGAUAGAGUUCGAAGUCAGUAUCGGGAAUUUUGGUAACACGUUAGAUGAGACAGCGGUUUCUUGUAACACUCCCCCGACAAACCCUGUCUAUGAUGGCUGUCAUUAUCACUACCUACCAUGGAGACACUACAAACCUUGCAUCUGUCUAGACUGUCGUUGGGAGAACAUAGCCUUUAGGAUCGAACCCCUGAACAUUAUCAACAGAUUGUGUGAAAAACUGGAAAUCUUGGUGAACCAAGUCAAGGUGAAGUUUGAAAAGAUUCUUGAAAAUGACGUUUUGGCUGGUGUCGCAUUACUGAAGUCAUGUUUUCAGGAAAUAAUAGAGAUGUGCAGCGACACCGAGUUCCUAGAAGCCCCUGGAGUCAAAAACAGUCUUGAUUAUAAAAUACAGAAGCUACGGAAAGAAGAGUUUCAAUAUAUCGUUGAAGAUGCCAAAAAUGAAGAGGAGAAAUUGGACUUGGAGGGAGGUCAGGUGAACCUGAACGAAACCAUGGAGAAGAUGGAAGGAGUUCUACAACGCUUGAAAAACCUGGCAAUAGAGCCUCAGAUUAGUAUGCCUGACGUCAUCAUCUGGAUGCUUUGUGGUGAGAAAAGAGUAGCCUACCACAGGAUACCAAUACAAGAUGUUUUGUACUCGACUAACGAAGAAGCCUGUGGCAAAUAUUGUGGAAAAACAGUAGAACUCUUAAUGAAGUAUCCUGGGAAUCAAGCGACUGGUGAUAGGGAGCAUCAGCAUAUCCCGGCUAUGGUUCGCGUUGAAUUAUGGGUAGGCCUUAGAGAACAUCAGCAUGUAUGGAGUACACGUGAAGAUCAGGAGGGGAAUUCGAAGUUUAAAGUGUACGCAGAGACUUACGAGAAUGAGACAAGAGGAGUCCUGGGGUGGAGUAAGCCAGGAAUUGGGCUUCGACCUCAUUACUCCAAUGCAAGUGGUGACAUGGAAUUACAUAAAGACAUGUUUGUCGAACCAAAAAGCUGGCGGCUAAGUGGAGAAUGGAAACCAAUUCUCGAAAAGAGCGUACUUUAUGGUCGUGAUUAUGGUCUGACAAUCUUUACAGAAAAAAUCUACGAGAGCCAAAGUAGAAAUCUUUUGGGUGGAGGAUGGAAUACCAAAUCGCACUGGACUGAGGCGGAUGGGGAACCAUCAGAUAGUCCCGCAGAUUUCCCUCGUCCCGAGGGAUGGCAAUGGAUAUCUAAAGAAUGGACUGUUGAUUUAGAUCGAGCUGUUGAUGAAGAAGGUUGGGAGUACAGCGAGACUGGCGCAAACUUCGUCAAGGCGGUCAAACCACUGCACAUGACGCGAAGGCGUCGAUGGAUUUGUACACGGGAACUUGUUGAUCCUGGUGCUGCAAGAAAACAGGAAAAGUUGAGAAAGCUUGCCGAGGAAGGCUGGGAGUACAGUUUGACGUUUGUGAAAAGCAAAUUCCACGUGAAACCAAGAGCAAGUGAUUUAGUGAGAAGAAAACGCUUGCUUCGAGAACUGGUUCACGAAAAAGAUCCCACCCUUAAGAAGGCUGAACUACCCCCAAAACUGAUGAUAAAAAUCAAAACAUCAAAAUCUAAGAAAACCAAGACAAAAGAGAAAAGCAAAGAAUCAGAGAAACUCCUYGACGAUGAAGAACGAGAAGGUCACAUAACUGUAAUACCCCGGAUGUUCAUCGUAUACAAUAAACCUCACAAGUACCAACUUUGGGUCUACAUCUACCAAGCACGUGACCUGCUUGCCUUGGAUGACAGUGGAAUGAGCGAUCCUUACGUUCGUGUUGCCUUUGGCAACCAAAGUCAGAUGACAGAAUGGAAGCGUCAGACCACUAGUCCAACGUGGGAUGAAACACUGAUCUUCUCCCAGGUUGAGAUAUUCGAAAAAGUAGAAGAUGUUGUUGGUAAUUCUCCCAAGAUCAUCAUGGAAGUGUUUGACUGGGACCCUGGCAAGCACGAUUUUAUUGGUCGCUGUAUGAUGCAACCGCUGGUCCAAACCAGAUCUGGUGCGACGCCUCCUGUCCUGCAGUGGGUUGGUCUUCAGAACGGAAAGAAAAAUGCAGGACAAGUGUUGGCUGCCGCUGAACUAUUUCUGAACGAAGGUGAGAAGCUACCAGCUAGUCCUACUCCUAAGAAAACAGAUUCAACGAAGGCUCAUCCAGUUCUUCCUGUACGGGACCUCGUACGACCUGAGCUGCAAACAGUGGCUGUAGAGAUACUGUGCUGGGGCGUUCGUAAUAUGAAGAAAUACAAAUACAGUAAAGUCAAUGCGCCAAACGUCGAGUUCGAAUGGGGAGAACAAGUCUUCAAGUCAGAAAUGGAGAAUCUCAAGAAAUACCCCAACUUUUCCAAGCCAAACCUGACAAGAAAACUCGUGUGUCUGCCAGUUGAACCAUUCACUCCUGCCUUAAAUAUACGUGUCUACGAUAACCGCAUGUUUAACAACAAACCAUUAGUUGGUAUUCAAUCUAUCUCAUCGCUGACGAAAUAUUACUCUGAGAAGAGACCAAUGUUGAGAAGAGGACCAACUAUGGAUGAACCAGAUGGGCCGCUGACACCAUCACCAGUGAAGCCAGUGAGACAUAGAGAAGUUCACAAAAAGGGCGAAGACGCAUUUGAUUGGUGGUCAAAAUACUACAGCUCAGUGAGAGAAGACUCCAAUGGAACAGGUGCAGAAGUUGAGAGACAAGAGAAACUGAGCGACAAACUCUUUGGUGUGUUUUCUUCUGGGGACGAUGUUGAUGGUGGAGAUCACCUUGACCAUUACAAGAAAUCAGGCCAUGACACACUAAAGAUUUUCCCAAAGGAGCUCGAAAAAAUGGAAGAAUUUGGAGGCUUGGAAGACUUUGUUGGAACGUUUAAUCUGAAGCGAGGAAAAUCUAAAGGUGAUGAUGAAGAUGAGGAUGACAACAUAGGYCAACUGAAGGCAAGUUUUUGGAUUUAUCAAAUCAAAGAAGAUCAAAGCAAAAAGGAACUUCCUGCUAGUGUAUAUGCGAACCUUCCUGAAACCAAGUGGAAGUGGCCAAUUAAGUGCCUUGUUCGAGCUUACGUCAUAUGUGCUUUUGACCUACAAUCCCAUGACCCAAACGGACUUGCGGAUCCUUAUCUAGUUGUUUCUCUUGGUAAUAAAACAUAUGACGAAAAGAGUGUUUGCAAACAUAACACAUUGAAGCCUGUCUUUGGAAAAAUGUUUGAGUUCAGAGCUUCACUCCCAACGGUUAAAGAUCUCACGGUUAAAGUCAUGGAUUAUGAUCGGGGGACGUUUGAUGAAACUAUAGGCGAAACAGUGAUUGAUUUGGAGCAACGGUUAUUGUCAAGAUUACAUGCUUCGUGUGGACUUCCAAAAACAUAUUCUGUUUCUGGGCCAUUUGCAUGGCGCGACAGUAAGAGACCCAAGGAUAUCUUGAAAGAUUUCUGUCGAGCCAAAGGAUACAAGUAUUGGUUUUAUCCAAAAGGAAAGUCGCCUACGGAACUCGUGGUGGAAACGGACAGCUUUCCUAUGUCGCCUGAUGAUUGUAUUGAGGGGUCUGAAUACCCAGACCAACAACUAUCGCUUCUUGCUCUUCAUCACCUGGGAUUGGUUCCUGAACAUGUUGAAACACGAUCCCUCUACAGCUCUUUACAACCAAAGAUUGAACAGGGAAAAGUUCAGAUGUGGGUUGAUAUAUUUCCAUUGACAGAAGAUGCAGACAUCAAACCAGCUGUUAGAAUUGAACCUAGGGAACCAUUAUCUUAUGUUUUGCGACUGGUGAUCUGGGAUACGACAGAUGUCCUUCUUCAAGAGACCUCCAUUGCUGGUGAAAAAAUGAGCGACAUCUACGUUAAAGGUUGGAUUGAUGGAAUGGAUGAUAAACAAAAGACAGACGUUCACUAUAGGUCACUUGACGGAGAAGGAAACUUCAACUGGAGGAUGGUUUUUCCAUUCCACUUUUUACACAUGGAAAAGAAAAUAUCGAUUUCCAAAAAGACCAAGCUCACUCAUUUGUACAAGACGGAAGAGAAAGUCGAACCGAAGCUUAAACUCCAGAUAUGGGAAAACGAUAAGUUCUCGCCAGAUGACUUCUUAGGAACGAGAACCCUUCUAAUUCACAAACUCGCCAAACCCUGCAAGAGUUCACGAUACUGUGGAACCAAGUAUGACCCGAGCAUACGAAAAGAUGACUCUGAAGACUUUGUAAACCUCUUCCACUGUAAGAGUAUUCGUGGAUGGUGGGGCUGUUGGAAGGAUGAUUCUUUGACAGGCAAACCAGAGGGAAAAGUUGAUAUGACAGUGGAGCUCCUGACUGAGGUGGAGGCCCAAGCCAAACCAGCAGGGAAAGGACGAGACGAACCUAAUCAGCAUCCAAAUCUACCUGAACCAAACCGUCCCAAGACAUCCUUUCUGUGGUUCAUGUCUCCUUUCAAGACAAUGCGUUACGUCAUCUGGAGGAACUACAAAUGGUAUAUUAUUGGCUUUCUUCUAUUUGUGUUGCUGGUUUUGAUGAUUUUCUUGUUCGUCUACAGCAUGCCGGGAUAUACAGUCAAGAAAAUGUUGAAUAUUUGAAUAUACAGGCCAUGGAAUAUUUCCUUAAACCAACUUAUCUUAUCCCACGUUAUCCUAAGAUGGAAUUGGUUUCCUAGUCUAAAUAAUAUCCAAAUACUUAAAAUACCAGCUAUUUCAAAACAAGAUUAUUUUUCUGUGAAUACUGAAUACUAUAGUCUAAAGUGUCCCAGGAAGGUUCGUUUAAAGCUAAGUAAAACUAAAUAUCUGAACUAUUCCAAUUGUUAUGUUUACGCGAACCAGACAAUAAGCUUUCUUCAAUCAAUUUUUCAAUGGAAUGCGUUAGUAAUUUUUGAUUAACGGAAACCAAACUCUCAGCGUCCGAGGUUGUGGUUGCGUAAUUAUAAAAACGGGUAUCCAAAACAAAACAGAAUGGAUUAUUUUUCGCCUUAGGAUGCAUUAUUCAUUCGCGGUCGCGGUAAUCAUGGUCCAAAGACCUUGCACAGCAAGACGUGUUCAGAUAGUUAAAAGAUAGCAUUCACUUUUUCAUUAACUCAUUAACUUAGAGUCUUUAAAACUUCCAAUAUUUAACACAUGUGAGGGCCCUCACACACUACCCCAAAUCACGACCCCCUCCCUCCUUCUCAGCUCCUAAAAAUAAGUACCAACCUGUAAUAUAUUAAUAAAUAAAUUUCAUAUUCAAAA